CCCCCCACCCUCACUCAUUUGUCAUUUGAGACAAAAGUGAGCAUCUCCUCUCCCCUCCAAUCACCUUGCUCGACCCAGCCAUCCAAUAAGUGAGAGAGAAGCUCAAAAUAUCCUCCUCCAUAGCUGCAAAUUCGAGCUCAAGCAAUAGAGGUCCAAGGAGGAAGAUUUAAGAAGGAAAAAGCUAGGGAAAAGUGUGAAGGAUUAAGGAGCUUGAAUAAGGCGUUCCUAACUGUUUCCGGAGUUUCGCCGGAGUAUCGCCAGAGUUCUCUAGAGUUUCGCCAGAGUUCAACCAAGAAGGGUAGAACUUCUUAAAGCUCAUUCGAGCGGCGGCAGCGACGCUGAGAUUUAGAUCGAACGAUCCGGCGGCGUGGAUUUUCUGGCAUCAUUUUUCAUCAAUAGGUUUUUGAAGCUCAUCUCUGCUUUCUCGUAUAUUGCUCCCAGCUUGUCUCGGUUGGCUCACGGGUCAGUCGCAUCCCAUCUUGGGUUUGGCCUCUGUCUCCUGAGGUUUCUUUAUGUUCUCUCUGGACGCUGUUGUGCUUUGUUUGCUGAUCUGUGUUGGUGAAGUUUUCUUUCUCUAUUGUUGGCCGUGAAUUUGGUUGUUCUUCCAAGAUUAUGUACUGGUGACCGUGACUUUUGGAGGCUGAUUGUGUGAGGAGUUUUUCUCCUUUUGGUUUGGUUUUAGUAGCUUGUUCAUGUGCAAUAAUUCAAUGUUUCAAAUGGGCAUGCUUGAACCAGAUCCUGCUUUCAUAAAGCGGCCAUUGUCUAGGUUUAUCCUAGUUUGAUUGUCCGGCAUGAUCGUUGACGGUCAGUAGGCUGGUGGUGUAUUUUAUUCUUUUUCUAACAUGAGUAUUGUGAGUUGGAAUUGUCGAGGGUUGGGGAAUCCGGCGACUAGCCAAGGUCUUUCAGAUAUUAUCAAUCAACAUCGUCUGUCGAUAGUCUUCCUCAUGGAGACAAAGCUAAGGUGCCAACGUGCAAAAGAAAUACUGCAGGCGAGAGGGUAUGUGAACUCGGCUGGAGCGGACUGCGAUGGCCGAGGGGGAGGUUUGGCCCUCGGUUGGAAUGAUGAGGUGCAGGUCAAGGUUAUCACUGCAAACUCUAAUAUAAUCGACUGUGAAGUUAAAUUUUUAGCCGAGGAUAAUGCUUGGUGGCUCACGUGCUAUUAUGCAUAUCCGGAGACUUGUAGAAGACGAGCAACAUGGGAGAUGCUACGGAAUUUGUCGGAUAAUUCCUUAAUUCCAUGGAUGGUAAUGGGAGAUUUCAAUGACAUCCUGUAUGAGUCAGAGAAAAAAGGAAGAAUUCCUCACGCUCUGUGGAGGAUGCGGGGAUUUCGUGAAGCUAUACUAUCAUGUGGUUUACGGGAUUUCCUUUUGAUGGAUAUCAGUGGACUUGGGAGCGGGGAAGGGGCACACCAUACUGGGUGGAGGAGAAACUGGACCGGACUUUGGUCAAUGAUAAUUGGUGGAGUAAAUUUAUGGAAGCGCGAGCUUCGUCUAUUGAGGCACCGGUAAGUGAUCUUAUGGCCUUAUGGAUUAAAAUUAAACCUUCCUUACGUGGUAGGUCUCCAAGAAGGUUUAGAUUUGAAAAUAACUGGCUUAAGGAGGAAGAAUGUAGAUCUAUUGUAAUUAAUAGCUGGAGUGCGGGUUCGCAUAAUAUGACAGUCAAUGAGAGAAUUCUUUUUUGUGGAAAAGAAUUACUGAGGUGGGACCAGUAUCAUACGAAAGGGUUUCGGCAUCAAAUUCUUGCUUACAAGAAAAUAUUAGCGAUUUCUCUUUCAAUAUAAACAACAAGGUUAUCCGCAAGAUACUCAUCCUCCAUUUUAUUGCGAAACCCUGUUUUUAUAAUUUUGAUUGUUGAAAAAGCCCUUUCUGUUGUUGCUGUCGAUACAGGUAGAGUCAACAAAAGCCCUUCCUCCAUUUCAACUGCACAAAUUUCUUUUUUGAGAGUCAAUGUUUCGGUAUCUCUAACAUGCACAACAACAAAGAAACGCUCUCUAAUGAACCCCUUUUCAUCAACAAAUCUCAAAAUAAUAGUCAUUUGCUCUCUCUUAGAUUCAUCACGUGCCUCAUCAACAAAAAUGCAAAACUUAGAAUCACCAAUAUCAUGUUGAAUCCUAUGGCGCACUUUAUUAGCAAGAAUGUGUAAGAUCUCCUUUUGAAUUUUGGGAGAAGUAUACAUAGCAUUUUUUGGAGCGUUAUCCAAGACAACACUAGCAACUUGUUCAUUAUAUGAUGCUAAAAGUGAAAUCAUUUCAAGAAAAUAACCUCGAUUUCUAGAACUAGAGGAUUCAUCAUGACCUCGUAGAGCACAUCCUUGUGAAGCCAACCACCGAACAACAUCAAUAGAGGUCAUAACCCGUAAGCGGUUACCUUCCUUCAUCUCUAGAGUUUGUGCUUCGAUGACUUUGUCAAUAUGGCGAGAUUGAUUCAAUAAGUCUUGACAACUUUUCCAAGAAUUAUUGUGUGGAGAACAUGGAUCUUGGCCCACAUGAUUCAAGAAAGCACAAUUAGCCAUGUCAUUAACUUUUUUCCAACUAUUAAAACCUUUAAGAGUGAAAGCAUCAGUUCCAUGACGAGUUAUAGGUUUUACGAAAAGGUAACAUGGAAAGCAAUAUGCUGCAUCUUGUGUGGGG